AUGACAAUUCUCAAAACCAUCUAUUUCAUUGGCAGAUUAGCUUAUCACAUUAUUCGUGAUUUACUCAUAUUAUUCGUAAAACAUUUGACACUGGCCUUGCUAGCUUCGCUAUUGGAGCAGCCAUUUUGGCUUAUAAUUUUAAUUGGCUUCAAUGAAUUUAAAAGUAACGGACAAUACGUCGCUAAGACAUUGUUGGAAUCAGGAAGGAAUUCAGAAUGUUUCUACCGCUACAUCAAAAGAGAUCAUCACCAGAGUUUCGCGGAAUGGUUGCACAGAAAGAAUGCCUCGCAUUAUACGCCCAUUGCGCCCAUUUAUCAGCAAUCGUUACUGAAUUUACAGUUAAAUGCACUGAAGGACGGAGAACAAGUAAGCCAUGGAGUCGCUGACUGCGAAACCCCGGAACUCCCAGCGAUAACACCGGAAGCACCGCUGAGAGAACGCGCAUUGUGUUAUUUCGAAUAUUUUUUGAAUUAUAAUCCGCUGAGAGUUCCGGCAGCUCUGGCGGAAGUACGCUGCAUGUGCGCUCAUCCGCCACCCAAACUAAUUGGCAAGCGAAUCUUCGAGUGUGAACCGCUUCGUUAUCAAAUUCGUGUGCUAAAAUUUGACGAACUGUGUCAAACAUACUCGGAACAAAUUGAAACAAUCGCCCUAGCAUGUAUACCUGUGCUGCAGGCAAGUGCAAAAGCUGAUGGAGAAAUGAAAUUCCUGGCUCCGGAAAGAUUUCGAGGUCCGAUCAAGAAGAGCAUCCAGUAUGAUUAUAGUAAUUUUCAUGACGAAUAA